AUGUCCGCCCUCCUCGAGCACUUCAAGCCUCCCCCACUCGCCUCGGAUCCCCCGGCCAAGACCAAGUACUGGCCUGCUCCGCCCAAGGGUUCGACUGGUGGUAUUCUCCAGCGAUCCAAGGCUGGGUCGAUAGCCGCUUCGUUGUCCUCGAAUGGAUCGCCCAUGGGCAGUCCAGUCUCUCGCGUGUCGUUUGCGCCGCUUCCGGAUGUUGCAGCACGUAAACGAAGAAACUCGAUUACACUCGGUGUAGCUGCACGAAGCGCAACUCUACGCGCACAGAGAAUGGGGCCCCAUCUUCAUCCUCCUUCUCACCCGCAUCCUGGCCCGAGACGUCAUGGCCAUCCCCAUCCUCAUCCUGGCCCCGCACCCGGUCGUCCCCGGCGGAGACCAGUGGCCAUCGAUGCUGGCAAAAAGCUUUGGCGGGCCAUAUCUCGUAAACCGAGUAUGGCUAGUGAUUCUGGUCGUCCGAAUAUGCAUAGUGUGCACCGAUCACAUCCAGCACACGGAGAGAUGGGUGGUCCCACUGUGGGUGCUAUGGGGCACAACACCGAGAGAGAGAUUAGCGUUCGCGGGUUUGCUGUUCCUGAAGAUGACGAAGAGGAGAGCGAUGAUGAAGAAGAGGAUGAGGAAGAGGACGAAGAGGAAGAGGAAGAAGCGCAGCACAGGACAGAAGACUACGUCGCUGGCGUUCAGGCGAUGCACAUCUCGGUCAUUGAUGGCGAGGAGGAAGAGAGCAUCCAGCCUGAUCACAUACGCCCUACACGCUUAUCGCCCCCACCGCUCACUCGAUCCGAGACCGACAGCUCUGCCAGCGCAGCGUCCACACCGAGUCAGAGCCAGGAACAAGAACCGCCCGCAGUGAUAGGAAAGGACAGCUUGUUUUGA